AACAUCUUGCAGGUCUUUAAACUCACAUAUACCAUUCCAAGCCCUAAUUUUCAACACGAAAAUCACAAAUAAUAAAAGGGAUACAAUAUAAUUAGAUCUGAAAUCCGAUGACUGAUUACGAAGAACAGCGUUACGAAGGUAACGGCGAAGGCGUUGAAGCCUUUCCCGGUGGUUCCCCUCUCCCGGAUAAACCUAAUAACCACGGCGCCGAUGAUGAGGCCGCCGCCGCCGCCGGUGACGUCAGCGAUUCUAAGUCACAGCUUUCUCGCGACAGUGAAAGAGAGUCCUCCAAAAGUAGGUCGAAGGACAGGGAGCGAGGGAGGGAUAAGGACCGGGAUAGAGAGAGGGACAGAGAUAGAGAUAGAGACGGUGAAAAGAGCAAAGACAGGGACAGGGAAAAGAGCAGAGACCGAGACCGAGACAGAGGAAAAAGCAGAGACGAUGACAGGGAAAAGGAUAGAGAAAAAGAUCGUGAUCGCCACAGGGAUCGGGACCGGGAUCGUUACAGAGAACGAGGUGAGAGAAGGGAAAGAGGCAGAGAUAGAGAUGAUGAUGACUAUCAUAGGAGUCGAGACUAUGAUAGGCGGAGAGAUUACGACAGAGAUAGAGAGGGUAGACAUAGUAGACGAAGGUCACGUUCUCCCUCAAGAUCCAAAUCUGAACGUAGGUCAAGGUCACGAUCACGUUCACGCUCCAAAAGCAGCAAAAGAGUUAGUGGUUUUGACAUGGCUCCUCCUGCUUCUGCAAUCUUGGCUAAUGCUGCUGCUGCUACCGCUGGUCAGGUCCCUGGGACCACCCCAACCAUUCCUGGAAUGUUCCAAAACAUGUUCCCGUUGGCACCUGGCCAGUUUGCAGGUCUUCCUGUUAUGCCAGUUCAGGCAAUGACUCAGCAGGCCACUAGACAUGCACGACGGGUUUAUGUUGGUGGACUUUCUCCAACCGCUAAUGAACAGUCUGUAGCGACCUUUUUUAGUCAUGUUAUGUCUGCAAUUGGUGGAAAUACUGCUGGUCCAGGUGAUGCUGUUGUCAAUGUUUACAUUAAUCAUGAAAAGAAGUUUGCUUUUGUGGAGAUGAGAUCUGUCGAGGAAGCCAGUAAUGCAAUGGCUUUGGAUGGCAUUAUAUUUGAGGGAGCACCUGUGAAGGUUCGGAGACCAAGUGAUUACAAUCCCUCCCUAGCUGCUACUCUCGGUCCAAGUCAACCUAACCCCAACCUGAACCUAGCUGCCGUUGGGCUAACCCCUGGUUCAGCUGGUGGGCUUGAGGGUCCUGACCGCAUAUUUGUGGGUGGGCUUCCUUAUUAUUUUACAGAGGCUCAAGUCAGGGAGUUAUUGGAGUCUUUUGGGGCUCUUCGGGGCUUUGAUCUUGUGAAAGACAGAGAGACUGGCAAUUCUAAAGGUUAUGCGUUCUGUGUAUAUCAGGAUUUAUCUGUCACAGAUAUUGCUUGUGCAGCUCUUAAUGGUAUCAAGAUGGGUGACAAAACCCUUACGGUUAGACGGGCUAACCAAGGUCAAACUCAACCAAAGCCGGAGCAGGAGAGCGUAUUGUUACAUGCACAACAACAAAUUGCAUUGCAGAAAUUUAUGUUGCAACCUGGGGCAAUGGUUGCACCUGCCACCAAGGUUUUAUCUUUAACCCAAGUUGUUACCGAAGAGGAGCUUAUAAAUGAUGAAGAUUAUGAAGACAUACUGGAAGACAUGAAAAUAGAAUGUGGAAAAUUCGGUGAUCUAGUUAAUGUGGUCAUUCCACGUCCAAAUCCUAACGGUGAACCAGUAGCAGGCGUUGGCAAGGUUUUCUUGGAGUAUGCCGACACUGAAGGCUCAACUAAAGCUAGGGCAGGAUUGAAUGGAAGGAAGUUCGGUGGUAACCAAGUCGUGGCUAGCUUUUAUCCGGAACACAAGUUCAACCAGGGAGAGUAUGAUGGAUAGUUAUAUUAUCAUUGUUACGUGUAUUACUAGUAUAAUGCUUUGUUUUGUUUGUUUUCUUUUCACUUUAGAACAUAGAUGUGUAAAAUUUGUUUCAGAAGAGUUGUUAUUCCUGACUUUAAACUCCAAGACAAGUUAUGAGUUUGUAGGGAUACAGACUGUUAUGUUUUUUGGUUCCACCAAACAUGUUUUGUUUUUUCUA